GUGGAAAGGAAGAGGAGAGGAGAGAGUUAGGAGGGAAAACCGGAGGAGGAGCGGGGAGAGAGCGAGGAUAUAACGGAGGGGGGAGUGUGCGCCGUGCAGUUGACUACAGAGAGAGAGAGAGGAAGGGGAACGAGAGUGAGAGAGUGCGUGUGUGUGUGAGGGAGCGCGCGAGAGAGCGAGAGAGAGAGAGAGAGAGAGAGAGAGAGAGAGAGAGAGAGAGAGCAGCCCGCCGGCCCAUUGAGGAAAGAUGGCUACAGUCACUGCAAACGGAGUGCAGCAAGAGAAUGGAUUCAGCACCACGAACAGCGCCGGCAGGAUGAACGGGCUUACCAUCGGCCAGAACACCAUUCCAAUGAAGGACCACGACGCCAUCAAGCUUUUCAUCGGGCAGAUUCCCAGAAACCUGGAGGAAAAAGACCUGAAACCCCUGUUUGAGGAAUUCGGAAAGAUAUACGAACUCACUGUUCUGAAAGACAGGUUUACGGGGAUGCAUAAAGGAUGUGCCUUUCUAACAUACUGUGCCAGAGAGUCAGCACUGAAGGCCCAGAGCGCCCUCCAUGAACAGAAGACUCUGCCAGGGGUAAGUACCCGGAGCCUGCCUCCUGUCAUGGGCUAAACCUCCCUGGGGCGGCCGGCGGGACAUGGGAACAUACAUUAACAUGGGCAUUUUAUCACACACACACACAGACAUGGGAGCAGAUGGAAGCAGUCAUCAUCCUUCCUCAGCCUCUUUCCUGCUCACGUACUAAAAGCGCGUGAGCGGCCUUUUUUACCUUGCUCCGUCUUAUUACACUAAUCACCCCAGUGGAGAUAUUUGAUAAGCGCUCUUUCAUAACACCCCGUGCCGUCCUUCCCCUGUCCUCUCACAAUAUGGCUGCUGCAGACACUAAUUGCCUUGAGGAAUCCCACUCUCAUUAUCACAUAUAAUCAAACGGUAAGUAUAAACAAUCAUUUUUACCAUGUAUAUCACCAUCUGGUGUUUUUGUUUUAAUUCUCUCCCCCAUAUUUUCCCCCGUCUUCUAUUGUUUGCCUUUGGCAGGCGGGUAACUUUUUCAAUUAAAAUAAUGGCCUCUUCAAACGACACAGGUAGAAUGUACCCAGCAGUCGGCUGUUAAGCCCACCCAGGAGGAGCCCCUCUAUCUGGGAUGAGCACGAGCUUUGGUGUCUAUCGGUGCUUGAUGUGUGCGAGGGGGAUUCAACUCUCACAUCAUGGGAAUUAUCAAGGUGUGAUUGAAUUACGCCCAUGGGUCCAUAAGACGGAGAAGCUGCUCUCAUGCCCAGGAUCCUCUCUGCCCCCCCCCCUUUGCUUCCACCACAUACCAAGACACCCCUCCCAGUUUGGGCUUUAAUCAGAGCCUCAGGAUAUCCUUCUGAAUCUCCAGGGAGGGAGAGUAGGGGGAGAGCGAGUGAGAUAGAGAUAGCAGUGGGGAGACAGGAGGUGGUGGAGGAGGACGGGGCUGGGAAGGCCUUUACAAAAGGGGAGGGCAGAGGUGGAUGAUGGAGUUGGGUGUGGAGGGCGGCGGUUGUAUAUUGUUCCUCGCUGUCUGGUUGUUUACGCUUCAAUGCAUACCAGGCACUUCGCUGGAUGUUAGGUACAUGUACACUGGCCCACUGCGGCGAAAGAGUCCCCCAGAGACCAGGCUCCCUGUCUCCAUGCUGCCUCCCGCGGCUUCCUAAUGAGAUGAUUGUCGUGAUGGUCCUGAAUAGGUGUUCUCCUCUUUAUUGCCCCCACGGAGGGACAUCCCUGUGUGCCUUCGAUCCAGAGAGAGGUUAAUGGCAUGUUCUGUGGGGUUUGGAUAAACAUUUCCCCCGUACAGCUCGCAGCGAGGGGUCAGUCAUGCAAUCUCAUGAGCACAGCCUGCAUACAGACGGCUAAUAAAGACGACCCGUCCUCCUGUGUGUGUGCUCGCGCAUGUAUGAGGCCGACAGGGAGAGAAAACAAGGAGAGCAGGAGACAGACACACACACACACACAGGCGGAGACUGUUAGACUGGUGGACAAGCCUCAUUGUCGUUGUCAUGGCCUGGUGCUUUAAAAUGCUCGGUGGCGUAAUGGUCCCUUUUCAGCGGCUUCUCCACACAGCAUCGCAGACGGGAUCCGGCUGUGUGGCUGUCACAUAACCUAAAUGCAAAUUCUGCUCCGAUGAGACGGCUGACAUUUAAAAAUAUGGUCUCGCUGCCCCGCAAGUACAUACGCAAAACAGCAUUCAAAUUAAAAGUGGACUCAACAAAUUAAUGCUACAAGUGGAGGCAGAUUGAGGUAACUCACAUUUGCCACCGGAGCUCGGCAGAACUGCUGUUUGAGGUUAAAUGCAAAUGCGACUAGUGUUGCCUUUAGUCAUCUGCCUGAUUCAUCACAGUGAUUGUUUUUACCCACAUCUCUAUGAGCCUCCACUUUGCUUCAACCGAGGUUAGCAGACGACGUCCUUUUACAGCACGGGUCUUUACUUACUAAAUGUCAUUGCAUCCUUCAGCUAAGUUUAGACGAGGACGACGGCUGUCAAUUAUUUACCUGACAAGUUUAAUCUAAUGUAGGAGUUUCCAAACAUUACUUUGAACACAGCUAAGGAAUGUCCAAUCACAAAAUAGGAGGCUGAAGGAAAAGGAGGAAGUGGCCGUUGGUUCUGCUCUGACGAGGACCGUUUCAUAGUGGUUCUGGCAUCUGUCAGAAGGAAAACAGCCACAGGUGAUAAGAUCAUCCCUUGUCUGAGAUUUUCUGCUUUGUUCUCUAUAUUAGGGCUUACUGGAGCUUUUGUUGUUGUUCAGGGGAAAGAAUAAAGUUAAAGUACUACCACUAUGAACAUGAGCACCGAGCUGGUGCAAAAAAUAAAUAAAUAAAACCCGAAGCCUCGUUAAUUAGUCAUAAUACAGAGUUCAUUGUGAUAUUUAUACAGUACAGGAAGUCACAGCGUUGUUGUAGGUAAGAACAUAAGAGUCCGCUUAUAUUAUAUUAAACAAACAUCCAUAUUGUGUUAAGUAUGGCUGCAGAUAAUGAAUGAAUGAAAUGAAUGAAACACUUUUGCUCUUUAAUUAUAUUAUUUUUUUUAUUAACCAUUUAUGACAAAUCUUCAAAUUGAAAUUAUAUGUUGGGAAAUUACACAUAAGCCUUUGACAGAAUGCCAACUCCUCACCUUGAGAGACUGUUUCGUCAAAGCAUCAGCUGUGAGACCCCCCCCAAAAAAUUCUAA